CUUUCCUUUUUUUAUUAUUGUCGCAUCUGAAAAUAAAAAAAUAUUCUUAAAAUUUAUGAAAUUUAUAAAAUUUAUAAAAUUCAUCGAGUGAAAUAACAAAUUAUCGUAAUAAAAUUGAAAUAAAAUGCCUGGAACACCGAUAAAUGUUGAUCAGAACAAACUAAAUAAAUUGCAAGACGAACAACCGAAGGAAGAAGUGCAGCACAAUGAGAAUCUACCUGUUCGUGAAUUGUCACAAACAGAUGUUUUAAAUAAACGAUUAUUAGUGUCGUUUUUAAAGAAUAUCAACGAAUCCGACGAGGGACGGAGAAAUUCCAUUGAUAAUAAAGAAUCGGAAAUUGCUGACGAUAAUGCCGACAAUGCGGACAGUGAUUUUCUAGAAUCCUAGUUUUUUU